AUGGAUAUAGAAGAAACUCUAAGUCUAGCUUCCAAAGCGUUUUUUGAGCACUUGGAUAUGAGCAACUGGGUUGAUGGACAUGCUGAGGAACAAUUGAAGCGAAGCUCCAAAGUCUUGAGAGAACUGGCCAAGAUACUGGAGAGAGAUGGACAAGCACCGCAAAAGGCGUGGAUUGACUCUCGACAGGCUGAAAUUUGCACAGCUGUGACCAUUCUGAUCUAUGCAAUUUUCAUUGGCUUUGAGCUAGAGAUUGAGACCAAUCAUCCACAUGCAGCACCGGAGCUUUCCAUUGCCUUUCUGAUUUGCCAUGUCAUUUUCAAUAUUGUUUUUGUCGUGGAGUUGGUGUUGAGACUUCGAUCCGUUGGGAUAAGGUACUGUUCUCCUUUCAAUCCAGUAGGUUUCUUUGACACCUUGAUCAUCCUUAUUGGCACUGGUGAGACGGUCUUCUCCGUGUCUCUGGCCAUCAUGUCGGAAACAGAAGGUAGUGGGGAUGGUUCUUCAGUGCUUGCCAUUGCUGGUGUCAUGCGUAUUCUCCGAUUGCUUCGUCUUGCUAGGCUCCUGCGAGGCUUCUUGGUUUGCCAUGAGUUGCGCUUGCUUGUCACAGGCAUGAUGCUGGCGCUCCCAACUGUCGUGUGGGCUGGCGUCCUGUUUGCAAUUGUCGUGUAUUUGGGAACGAUGUUUAGCGUCAUUUUGCUGGGGAACAUGGAGGAGUUGCAUCAAUAUUUUGGCACUUUUGGCUUGGCGCUCUGGAGUCAUUUUGUCAUUGUGACGAUGGAGACCUGGCCAGACGUAGCUGAUGCAGUGCUGGAAGUGGCAAGUCCACUUUGGGGAGUUUACUUCGUGGUCUUUAUUUGUGUGUCGAGCAUGUCGCUUAUGAAUUUGGUCACUGGCGUCAUUGCUGAGAAGCUGCUCACGACCAGGGAGGAUCCUUUGCCUGAAGUGCAGAUUGAUGAGCUGGAGGCAUUCCGGAAAGAAAAGUCAGCGUUGAAAGCCGACUUGAAGGAGCUCUUUCAAGAGGAAGAGAUAUGCGCCGACCUCUUCUGUGGUUUGUUGGAUUCGCCGAAACUGCGAGUCUGGCUCAACAAGCUGCAGGUGUCUGCAGAGCUGCCUUCGAAUGAACUCUUCAGUCUCAUCACAUCCAACAAUGAAGCUUUAACUCUGGAUGGGGUGGUUGAUGGCAUCCUUUCUUUGAGGGGAUCCAGUGUGCGAGUUCAUUCCCUCCUACUGCAGCAGGACCUUCGACGCUAUGGCCGUGAAGAGUUAGGGACUCUUGAGGAGCUACAGCAUGAUGUUCAACAGAAGACGCUGGAACAAUUGCAAUGCUUGCAGCAGAGCUUGGCAGAGGAGCUUGCGUGCAUAAGUGCUCUUGUGGAGCACGAUGCUACCGCUGAGGAAGGCAGACCAAAAAGGAUCAAACGGGACUUCUAG